AUGGACCUUACCAGCCCGGUCUUUCCUCCAGAAUUGGAGCGUGAAAUCUUUGAGAAAGCAGCGGAGGCAUAUCGUCCGGAUAUUAUCCGCUUGAUGCUGGUGUCAAAACGAGUUUAUUUGUGGAUAAGGCCGAUGCUCUUCCGUAUCGUUGGCGCAUCAGACACGGGCAUCUGGCCUCCAUUGCGUCUCGCUUUGGACUCCGAGCCAGCCUUUCUACGCCACUCAGUUCGAUUCCUUUGCCUCACAUUGACACAUUACUCGGCUGUGACAAAGGAAGAUACAGACCGACUUCUGACUAUUUGCACUGGGCUAGUGGAUCUCGCUAUUAGCCACAAGUUUCCGAUGACCAAUCAUUUGUCGCUCCUGGCGAAAAUGCACAAUCUUCGUCGUCUUACAUGCUCUUUGGAGAAACUCUGCGGGAACUUCGAAUCCAUUGACGGAAGGCAUGAAGCAUUCUCUCGGAUUACUCACCUCGAGCUGUUAGAUGACGGCCUUGGCUGGUUGAAAAGUGUCCUGCGACCUCUGACCCUCAUGCCGGCGACCACCCACCUCUCGCUCAGUGGCGGGGACAAUCUUGACGAUAGUGGCUUUUGGGAUGAUAUUCAGCAAUUGCUAGAUGCCAUGCCCAGGCUGGUAUUACUUGCUCUCGUAUGGGGGCGCCUAGAUGUGCUAGACUGGUUCGAGUCAGUUAAUGCCACACCGGUACGCGACCAACGAUUCGUUGCUGGCUGCUAUAAUUAUCCAACUGACGGUGAAGACAAUGUCUGGGUGGAAUGGGAUGAGUCUGCUUCUGGAACUGCCUUGGACUACUGGGGUCGCGGGGAGAUAUUUUUGCAGAGGAAGAGGAGAGGAGAGGUUUCAGAGACGAGAUUCUGGAUGGACGAUUGGAUGUAUGAAGCUCGAAGAACAAGCCCACAGGACCUUGAAGGAGAAUUCGACGAUUCUGAUACUAGUUACUAA